AUGCCUGCCGUAUUUUCGAUUCGUAAAUCAAUCAAGUGGGAAGAUGAGGCCGAGCCAUCGGAACCUACAUCAACGUGGGUGCUCACUGCGGGAAAUGACGAUUUCGUGGAUACCAGGAUUCUCAAGGCAACAGGCGAACCAGAUUGGCUAAUAAAUGGGAAAGAAAAGACAAUUGCAACUGAACCCGGAUUUGAGGUAAGUAUUGAGUUUGUUCAUCAAUUAGACUCAUUGGGUGACGACUCUGGUUCAGAUGUUGGCCAUUUCAAGGGACUCCCAAGCGGAGAGAGGUUGGAAUGCGGUCGCAUGCAGCAACCCGACUCCGGUGUGGAAAAGGGGUACGAAGAAGUUUGGAGCACAUUGGAUGCUAUCAGCUCGACUCCAACCGACUUGAAACCAACCGUAGGUGAGGAUCCUAGUUUUAGUUCGACUGUUUGGGAGCUGCCUAAUGGGAAGGGACGUUUCAUCACCAUUGGCAAGUUCUCACAGGGAGUAGCUACUUACAAUGACGUUUUCCAAUGCGUUCGACUAUAUGAGAAGAGUGUUGUUUACAAGUACGGAGCUGAGGCCAUGGAAUUGUUUGGGGAGUUUAUUGAUGGCAAUAUAAGAGAAGGCUUUGACUGGAAAAGAACAUUUAGCGACUAG